ACAGCACACACACACACAGUGAAAAAGAAAUAGAAAAAAGACAAGAGAAGAAAUACGUUCGUAUUGAAGCAGCAACCGAAUGUGGGAACCGAAGUACACCCGAUACAUGUUCUACAUCAUACAAUGUGCUAAAAUUGCGCAUGGUUAUAUUAUGGAGAAGAGACGUAUGUGAAAUUACGAUUCGUGCGAUUCGUCCAGUCAAUGUGAACUAUAGAGAGCCGAAAAUAAGGGAAAAAGUCUAACUAAGAAGAAGAAUCUAUCACCCACACGACAUAUUCAACGAUUUUCACAUUGUGUGGAACCGUUUGCGCAUUUUCCAGCCAACAAUCACAUUUUUAUUCGUUCGGUUUUACAAAUACAUUUUGGUUAUUUUGCUGAAUAUUUAAUGGAUUCUGAUCCUGAUCUGGAAAUUAUCGAAAAAGAUAGCGGUAUGUCGUCAUUGGGAGGUAGCAAAGAUGAAACACCGGAACGACGUGCUGUCAUUGAGGAUGUUGUUGACGAAGAAGCCGAAGCCAAAAACACGGUCGUUGUGAAAAGUUCAAGUGCUGCACAAGACGAAGAAAACUACGAUGACGAGCCCGAUGAGACUUUCAGCGAACGACUAUGGGGAUUGACGGAAAUGUUUCCAGAGAGUGUUCGAACGGCGUGCGAUGUAGCCACAGAUUUCUCAUUAAGUAGUACAAAAGCACUAUACAAAUUCUCAUGUAACGCAUCCUGGAUAUUCUUCACAAGCUCAAUGAUCCUGUUUGCGCCCGUCUUGUUCGAAACAGAAAGAGCUCAAAUGGCUGAAUUGGAGCUGUCACAAAAGCAACGAGUUUUGCUUGGUCCUGGAGCUGCAAUUUCGGGCGGCGGUCCAGGUGGCAUGCCAGCAUUACCACCAAUGCAGCGAUAAAGGAAGAACAGAAGAAAAAUUCGAACAUGUAUAUGCGAACGAGACAUAGCAAUUAGAGAACAAAACACAGAGAGACAACUUUUUUUGUGAACAUAACCAUUUCGUUUGAAAGAGUUAAAAAAAAUUUAGAUGGGAUAACGAAAUUCAUUGCACUAUUAGAUUAAAUUACAAUGAAACAUUUGGAUAUUGUUGUUUUAUUUUUGAUGCGUAUGAAGAAAUCAAAUGCGCAGCAACUUGGAACACUGUAAAAUGUGAAACCAAAAAAAAAGUCGAGACCGAGUUGCAUUUCGUAUUUGUUAUUCUUUACUCUUUGCUUUUUUAAGAUGAAAAAAAAAAUCAAUUCAAUACACGCGAAUCAAUCCGAAAAAUUAAAAAUAAAUCCACGACGUUCAUCCGAUUUUUUUACUUGUUUCUCUUUGGAUUCACGUCUGUAUACAAAAUUAAAUAAGAAAAAACGAACACAAAACAAUAAUUUUUGAUGACAAAUAAAAAUAUCAAUUUCAUUCAACAUACAAA